ACUAACAAGGUCAUCUCAGUUUCAGUUUGUUGUGAGUGUUAAACAGUGAAUGACUAUAUAGUUAGUGAGAGAGUGUUCAUUUUUAAUUACGCGAUACGGAGUGCAGAAAAAUAACGACAAUAUGAGGCUGUCGCCGAAACAUUUUCAGAGCAUGUCGAAAAUGCUCGACUUUUAUUCCCAGUUCAACCCUUCGCCCCUGUCUAUAAAAAAAUUCAUCGAUUUCGGGUUGAACGCUUCGGAGAAGAAAUCAUUCAUAUUCCUGCGGAAGGAACUACCCGUCCGUCUGGCCAACAUAAUGAAAGAAAUAGCGUUGCUGCCCGAAAACCUGCUGCGCAUGCCUUCCGUCGUCGCGGUCAACGACUGGUACAUGCGCAGCUUCCAGGAGAUCAUCGAGUUCGAGAAGAGAGAGCCCGACGACGGGGUUUUGGAACACUUCUGCAACGAACUGGUCAAGAUCAGGAACAGGCAUUCAGACGUGGUGGAGACGAUGGCGCAGGGGGUGCUGGAGUUGAAGGAGUCCCACGACGUCGAUCACCACACGGAGCAUAGCAUCCAGUACUUCCUGGACAGGUUCUACAUGUCGAGGAUAUCGAUCAGGAUGUUGAUCAACCAGCAUAUACACUUAUUUUCAGCUUUGCUCUUUGGUGGUCAGCUGGAGAACGCGCCAGGGCCAAACAGAAGCAAGUACAUCGGCUGUAUAGAUACGCAAUGCGACGUCGUAAGUGUUAUAAAGGAUGCCUACGAGAAUGCGAGAUUCCUGUGCGAUCAAUACUAUCUGGCGUCUCCGGACCUCAUCAUCGAUCUGUCGCAUCACAAUCAGGGUGAACCAGAUCAGAACAUUAAUAUCGUCUAUGUACCGUCACAUCUCUAUCACAUGCUAUUUGAAUUGUUCAAAAACUCGAUGAGAGCCGUCAUGGAGUAUCAUUCCUCAGCCGAUCAAUACCCUCCUAUAACUGUCACAGUCGCCAAGGGCAAAGAGGACAUUUGUUUGAAAAUGUGUGACAGAGGUGGUGGAAUUCCCAGGUCUACAACCGAUCACCUGUUCAAGUAUAUGUACUCGACGGCCCCCCAACCGAGCAAAUCAGACGCCCACACUGUCCCCCUUGCCGGUUACGGUUAUGGCUUGCCUAUCUCUAGGUUAUACGCCAGGUAUUUCCAUGGAGAUCUAGUACUUCUCUCUUGUGAAGGGUAUGGGACAGAUGCUGUUAUAUAUAUGAAGGCUUUAAUCGACGAAGCUAACGAACUGCUUCCAAUUUUCAACAAAACGACUUCGAAGUUCUACAGAACGCUGGUGAAGACCGGAGACUGGUCCAAUCAGGCAACCGUCAUCGGAGAUAGGCAAAUAAGCACCAAAAUGAAAAACCAUCAGCUACCUCAGUCAAGUAAAGAAUUCAUGAGCGGGGCUCUCUAAUUAGAAAGUGAUAUAACAAGUGAUAGAAUCGGUUUUCUAAUUUGAACACACUGAGGUAUUUUUUUUGUGACUUGUAGGAUGAAGGAAAACUGGAUAUAGUUAGUUGAUAUCUUCAUUUAUGUCACAUCAAAGAUAUUUUUCUGUACGACAUACUAGCUUAGAUGACACAUGUAAGUUAUUUUUCUUAUCGCUGAUUUGUUAGAUAUUUCCUUUGUAUUCAAAAAGCAUUAUUUAUAACUAUGUUAGUUUAGGUGGAAGGAAAACAUUAGCUUAGCUGAGCAUCCUAUAUGUAUGUUCGAAGCGACAUUCAAAAUAAAUUAUUGAGCAAGUAUUACACUAGGUGGGAUGUAUUUUAAGGACCAGUUCUUUAAGAAUUUUUGUAAAUAUUUUAAUUGUUUAUGUACAAAUGUAAAUAUUUGAUUUUGGUUAUUUAUUUUGAUUAAGGCUUUCAAAACUGUCAUGAAAUGUGAUUUGAGUUGAUUAAAUAAAUUAAUUUUUUUA